AUGGCCUCCAGCUACGAGAGUGUACCCCUUUCACCAAGAUUUGCAAAAAAGCGACAGCAUACAACUGGAGACAACUCCACCGAUCGCUGCAAAGAGGUUGCUGCAGCUUGUGGCGAUAGCAUACUUGAAAGAACUUUGAUCGGCUCGUACAAAGAUGAAGGCAAUCAACUGUUUGAAGAAGUCCGGCAAUAUCUACAAAUCAGCAGCUGGGAUGACAUUCUUGGAUAUGUUGGAGAAAGCAGUAGCGAUGGCAGUAGCAGUGGCAGUAAAGGAGACGAUGAAGGCGACGACGAUAAUAUCAAUGAAGUCAAGCAACAAAAGAAGCAGAAAACAUACGAAACGAUCACCUUCAGUCUGCGAUCCGUCAUACGUCCUGAAAUCAAUCACACCAACUUUCUGCAAGCACUCCAAGAUGAACAACAAAGAGUCGGUCAAUGUGUGCAUGAACUAAGUCAAAGGGUGCACACAUUGACCGAUCUCAUAGCGACUGGUGCGGUAGCGCAACUGGUCGGCAUUGACAUCGAUCGAGACAUUUUUGAUAUCAGACAUCUUGCCCCAAAGUUUCCGUUUGCGACAAAUGCCACCACAGAAGUCGGCGAAGAAUUUUUGGAACAGGAAGCGCCAUAA